AACAUUUCCACCCCUGAAGCAGCCACAGAAGCCCUCAGAUCAAAUCAAUGCUCAGGUACAAGGACAUGUUAGGUAGCUGGAGCGUGGUGGACACUCCUUGGCACAGUUCUGUUACAAAAGUCCUGGCUGCUAAAACGAAACUCUGAUACCAUUCAUGCCAGCAUCCAAUCACGAGCCAGAGCAGAAGUUCAGAGAUGCUUCCAAACUGCCAGCAACAAGUGUGGGUACUAUACACCAAGGACUCUAAAGCCGUGCUGGAAAGCAAGGAACAACUUUAGAGAGGAUGCCCAGCUGGUAAGAAUCAACUGUUUAUGAUGUUUUGGUCACCUGAUGAAUGUCAUUGGCUAAAAAGAAGGAAUGCUCCGCCUCUUUGCAAAUAUGUGUGGAGGGGGGAGUGUCUAAAGUUCUAUGUCUGAUGGCAUUUGACCCUAUUGCUUUUAGCUUUCUGGCUAUAUAUCCACAUAUACACAGGUAUAUGUGUAUAUUUUAUACAAUUGCUGUCCACGUGUUGAUAGCAAAGAGUUGGAGGAAAUGAAUUUUGAAACGUCACGGAGUGCUACCCUGCAGUACUGCCCUGACCCUUACAUCCAGCGUUUCGUAGAAACGCCUGCUCAUUUCUCUUGGAAAGAAAGUUAUUACCGGUCCACCAUGUCCCAGAGCACACAGACAAGUGAAUUCCUCAGUCCAGAGGUUUUCCAGCAUAUCUGGGAUUUUCUGGAACAGCCUCUAUGUUCAGUUCAGCCCAUUGAUCUGAACUUUGUGGAUGAGUCAUCAGAAAAUGGUGCAACUAACAAGAUUGAGAUCAGCAUGGAUUGCAUCCGUAUGCAGGACUCAGACCUCAGGGACCCCAUGUGGCCACAGUACACAAACCUGGGGCUCCUGAACAGCAUGGACCAGCAGAUUCAGAACGGCUCUUCGUCCACCAGCCCGUACAACACAGACCACGCACAGAACAGCGUCACGGCGCCCUCGCCCUAUGCGCAGCCGAGCUCCACCUUCGAUGCCCUGUCACCGUCGCCUGCGAUCCCCUCCAACACUGACUACCCGGGCCCACACAGCUUCGACGUGUCUUUCCAGCAAUCCAGCACCGCCAAGUCAGCCACCUGGACGUAUUCCACGGAACUGAAGAAGUUAUACUGCCAAAUCGCGAAGACAUGCCCCAUCCAGAUCAAGGUGAUGACGCCGCCUCCGCAGGGCGCUGUCAUCCGCGCCAUGCCGGUCUACAAGAAAGCCGAGCACGUCACAGAGGUGGUCAAGCGUUGCCCCAACCAUGAAUUGAGCCGUGAAUUCAACGAGGGACAGAUCGCCCCUCCUAGCCACUUGAUUCGAGUAGAAGGGAACAGCCAUGCCCAGUAUGUAGAAGACCCCAUCACAGGAAGACAGAGUGUGUUGGUGCCUUACGAGCCGCCCCAGGUUGGCACUGAAUUCACGACAGUCUUGUACAAUUUCAUGUGCAACAGCAGUUGUGUUGGAGGGAUGAACCGUCGUCCAAUUUUAAUCAUUGUUACUCUGGAAACCAGAGAUGGGCAAGUCCUGGGCCGACGUUGCUUUGAGGCCAGGAUCUGUGCUUGCCCAGGAAGAGACAGGAAGGCAGAUGAAGACAGCAUCCGAAAACAGCAAGUUUCGGACAGCACAAAGAACGGUGACGGUACGAAGCGCCCUUUCCGCCAGAAUACACAUGGCAUCCAAAUGACAUCCAUCAAGAAACGGAGGUCCCCCGAUGACGAGCUGCUGUAUUUGCCAGUGAGGGGUCGUGAGACUUACGAAAUGCUGUUAAAGAUCAAAGAGUCCCUAGAGCUCAUGCAGUACCUUCCGCAGCACACGAUUGAAACCUACAGACAGCAGCAGCAGCAGCAGCACCAGCACUUGCUUCAGAAACAGACCUCAAUGCAGUCGCAGACUUCAUACGGCAACAGCUCCCCGCCUCUGAACAAGAUGAACAGCAUGAACAAGCUGCCUUCAGUGAGCCAACUCAUCAACCCCCAGCAGCGCAACGCGCUCACCCCCACCACCAUCCCAGACGGCAUGGGAUCCAACAUUCCUAUGAUGGGCACCCACAUGCCAAUGGCUGGAGACAUGAAUGGACUCAGCCCUACCCAAGCCCUCCCUCCCCCACUCUCCAUGCCAUCCACCUCCCACUGCACCCCCCCACCUCCGUACCCCACAGAUUGCAGCAUUGUCAGUUUCUUAGCGAGGUUGGGCUGUUCAUCAUGUCUGGACUAUUUCACGACCCAGGGGCUGACCACCAUCUAUCAGAUUGAGCAUUACUCCAUGGAUGAUUUGGCAAGUCUAAAGAUUCCUGAGCAGUUCCGCCACGCUAUCUGGAAGGGCAUCCUGGACCACCGGCAGCUGCACGACUUCUCCUCCCCUUCCCAUCUCCUGCGGACCCCCAGCGGCGCCUCCACAGUUAGCGUGGGCUCCAGCGAGACCCGUGGCGAGCGCGUCAUCGACGCUGUACGCUUUACCCUCCGCCAGACCAUCUCUUUCCCUCCCCGCGAUGAGUGGAAUGACUUCAAUUUUGACAUGGAUGCUCGUCGCAAUAAGCAGCAGCGCAUCAAAGAAGAAGGAGAGUGAACCCUGCUCUGCUGGUUCUCUCCAUCUUUUGCCUACCUGCCCAGCCCCUAGGAGGCGAGCCUGCCCACUUUCAAAGCAUUCUCCCUAGCUCUUUCCCUUCCUCUUCUCAGUCCAGCAUCUUAAGGGAAGGAGAAGUGAGAGGCUACUACUUACCUACCGUCUGACCUGGCAUCUGAUUCUGAUUCUGGCUUUAAGCCUUCAAAGCUAUUGCUUGCAGACUAAGUUGUCAUGGUAGCUAGAAGUGAGUGAAUAAAGCAGUGGGUGUAUCCUUAAGCAACAGAGAUCUCUCAUUGACUUUUAUAAAGCAUUUUCAACUUUAUAGUCUAAGACUAUAUAUAUUAUAAAUAUAUAAAUAUACAGUAUGUAUUUUUGGGUGGGGGCAUUAAAUACUGUUUAAAAUGUAAUUUAAAGGAAUGAAAAUCUCAUUGCACUUAUCAACUUUGAAAAUUAACUUCUUUUGGGUAGCUGAACUGUGCCCCUUUCCUCAGGGGUAUCAUGGAUGAUGACGUAGGUAUUUAGAGCUUUAUGAUCUGCUUGAUGGGGGACAGUGGUGUACGUGAUCUUUCAAUUCUUUGCAUCCUGGAUACAUACCACAUUAUGACUUUUGAUAAAACUAUUUGUAUUUACCAUUUCUUAUUAUGUGGUGAGACUGUAUAUGGGUACACGAUUCUCUGCAUUGGCUCAUUUGAUUAGUAGCAUCCCUUUCAGUGAGGUUGGUUCACUUUGUGUUUGUCACAAAAAGAACAUGGUCUGUAUUCAUUUUCUCAAAUGCUAAAGAGCACAUCCUCUCUUGCCUUUGAUUGUGAAUGAGGAAUGUGGGUCAGGGCUAAAAUUCUGAAUAGAUCCACAGCACCCAGUUCUAAUGUGAUACAUCUAGGCAUACCUAUAACUUCUUUGCAUUUAAUAUAAGACACGUUAGUAGUUACAGGGAAAACAUUUGAUGCCCUUACAGAAGCCUUAGUAUCAAGUUUGUCUAUUAGCUUGCUUAACUCAAAUCCAUAUUCACUACUCUUGCUAGAAUUCCAAUUCAUUCAUUUGGGAUGGGUGCCAACUACCUAGUUUUUGGGUAAAGAAAGCCCAAGAAACAUAGACACGACUCCAAAUACUAAGUGUCUACUAACUACUAUGAUAACUCAAAACACUGUGAAGUGAAUUUCCUGAAAAGAUGUUUUAAAGCAUGAUAAUAUGAGGUGCUUCAUUUAAAGCUCCUCACAAAACUUUGGAAGAUUUUCCUUUUUUGUCUUUGGGGUUAAAAAUACCAUAGUGAACAGAAAAACACAAAAUUAUGAGCUGAAAUUUCCCUGGGCAUCAUUUGCAAUUACUUCAUUUUUGAUCAGUAAGCACUCCGGUUCAUCAGAAAGUAAUGCCGAGGUCCUCAAUUCCCAUAUGUCUCUUUUCAAGCUGCGAGCAGACUUCCCGACAUUUCAUGAUCCUUCAUGAGAGGUAUUGUCUAGACCACCUCUGCAGAGAAUUGUUUUAAAACCUCCAGCAAACAUAAAAUUGACAAUACCCCUCUAGAUGUUUUGUAAACAUGAUUUGUAACAAAUAUAUAUUUUUUUAAAAUACAAAACAAAUAUUUUAAUAUGCGCUAAUGUUGCUUAAAAUUUUCAAGUGAGUCAAGAUCAAGACCUGUCAUUGCACAUAAACUUCCACUUUAGUAGUAAAAAAAGGUUCAUGUGGCUAUCAAAUUUAGGAAGCUCAUCACAAAAUGUAUAUAUAUUCUGCCUGUGAAAUUAUAUUUUUUUUUCUCUUCUUGGGAUAGUAGGCUUUCCAGAACCAUAGCUAAAAAGGUUUUUUUUUUGUUGCUGAUUUGUAUUGUUUUUCUAUUUUUAUGGGCUUGCAACUUAAGAAGACUAUAUUGUCAGCUAAGCCACAUAGCCAUGAUUGUCAGAUGGGGGAAGGGACACUCGUUUUUUUAUGUGUUUAUUUGUGUGUACGUGUGUGUGAGAAAGAAAGCAAGUCCUUGAUUUCAACGUUUAUUGUGCUUCGAUGAUUGUAAGCACUGUUAAUUUCUGGAACAAACAUGCAACUUUGAAAAUUCACUAGAAAAAUACUGUGUCAUGGUCAUGGCUGGGAGACCAACAGCUUUACCUGUGGUCCUGAGUGUUUGGAUAAACCUAGGACUUCGGAACAGUUGCAGCACUACUGAAGUGACACCAGGAACUCAAAACUUCCUGUCCAGUGUCUCAAGAAUUUGUUCUUAGCCAUAGGAGCCCACAUAUGCAGUGGCAACUUCCACUCCUCGAAUGUAAGAGUAGCCAGGACAAGUGUGAAAGCACCCUAGAGGUGGACAGCUCCACAGAGUUCUAGCGCUCCCGUGGAGUCGCCUGAAAAACAAUAUGGUGUUGUUUGGAGGAUAUCAUGGACAGAAAUAGACCAGAGAAUUAUCUUUAUUAAAUCCACUUACCUGUUGUUUUGUUUGUAUUCCCCUAAGAUACAGUACUUAGCAAUGUUGACUAUUAAAGAGAUGUGGGUUUUUUUAUUAUUUUUAUAAUUGUACAAAAAUUAAGCAAAUGAAAGAAGUUUUAUAUGCGUAUUCAUGUUUUCAAAAGUUUCUUAUAGAUGUGAUGCUUUUUUUUAAAGCUUUGGUUGCUUGUCUUUUGUUAUUUUUAUGUUAUGGGCUUUUAGAGAGCCAGAGGCAAAUCUAUAAGCCACUUAUUUGCCAAGAUAUGCAAUAAAAUUUUUAAAAUUAAUAA